CGGCGAAGAUCGGGAGGUUAGGUCGCGGGCCGCGUGUGUUCCUCGCGAGUGCUCGGCGCACCGCGACGGUCGUCGACGGACGUCGGCAGCGGAUUCGCGGGCGCGAGAUCGUCGCCGAGAGUAGGCGAUUAGUAGUUUACUUUCCCCCCCCUCUCCCCGCACACGUCAUUUCUCGCUCGCGGGCGAGCGUUCGUCGCUGUCGGGAGCAGCGGUCAAAGUCGAUCGUUCUCGUCGUCGUCGCAAUAACGGGGGCGAGCCUCUCUCGCUGCACCCCCUCGCUUCAUCCCCGCGCAUCGUCUCUCAUCCCUUUUCAACGGCGUCUCGUUGUCGGUGCAGCCGGCUGUACCGCGUCGUCGGCUUUUACGUCGCCCGUGUGUGUAACAUCGCACCUGUCAUACCUGUCGAUACGCAGCUCCGAACGGAGGCGAGGAUAAGCCAACACCGUGUGCUCCCGGCCUAGUGACCUGACCUUGGAUCGGGCCGACCAGAGUUUCGCAUUCUCGACGUCGUCAUGUAUGGAUUUUGAACUUCCAUCCCUGAUAGAUCCCCGAGGAUUUGUGGAGCUAGACGCGACGCAAAAAAAAACUCCGAAAAUGUGAACGUAUAAAAAAAGGCAGAUGCCCAACAAGGCGCGGCCUCGUCAAGAGUGGUCUCCUCAAUCUCCCAUAGAUGUCUUGUGGAUGUCCCGCUCCGCCAUGAGGCCGGCCGAGGGUGACGCUUCGGAUUGCAUCCUGGUAGUCGGCGUAUCCAGAUCGAAGAUGGCUGUUGCUUUCCUGUCGGUCGCCUUGCUAUCCCUCUUCCUCACCUUCCACAUACUUUACGACAGCGCCGUUUAUAGCAUCCACGCUGUCUCCGCCGUCGAAGGGCGCACGGUCGAGCUGGUCUCCCAGGUACGCGCGACGCCACCGCUUCUUUUCUCCACCUCCAAGGUACAUUUUCCGCGGACGAAUCGCCACCUCCCCCAGGCCAUCAUAAUCGGCGUACGCAAAUGCGGGACAAGGGCAUUGCUGGAGAUGCUCUUCCUGCAUCCGCAGAUACAGAAGGCGGCCGGUGAGGUUCACUUCUUCGACCGUGACGACAAUUAUGGGAAGGGUCUUGAAUGGUACCGGCGCAAGAUGCCCUAUUCCUUCAAGGGGCAGAUCACUAUCGAGAAGAGCCCGAGUUACUUCGUCACCCCGGAGGUGCCCGAAAGGAUUCGCGCGAUGAACGGCAGCGUGAAGCUGCUGUUGAUCGUGCGGGAACCGGUCACCCGGGCGAUAUCGGAUUACACGCAAUUACGCACGCACGCCGCGACCGCGUCUACGUUAAUCAACAACGGCACGCCGCAACAGCAGCAGCCAACGGCGCGCACUUUCGAGGAGCUCGUUAUGCGACCCGACGGUACCAUUAACGAAUCCUACAGACCGGUCGCCAUCUCUCUCUACCACACCUAUAUGCACCGCUGGCUGGAGGUGUUCCCCAGGGAGCAGAUCCUCAUAGUGAACGGUGAUCAAUUGAUCGAGGACCCGGUGCCGCAGCUGCGCCGAAUCGAGAAUUUCCUCGGGCUCGAAUCGCGCAUCGGCCGGCACAACUUCUACUUUAAUCACACCAAGGGCUUUUAUUGCCUGAGGAACGAGACCUCGGAGAAGUGUCUGAAGGAGAGCAAAGGGCGCCGUCACCCGCGUGUCAGUCCGAUGGUUGUGACGAAGCUGAGGAAGUUCUUCAAUGAGCAUAAUCAACGCUUCUACGAGCUGGUCGGCGAGGAUCUCGGCUGGCCGGAGGAAUAACCAUCGUGGAGAGAACGACUCGUUCGUUAUCGACGCGGAUCGUGCGCGUAUCCAGCGGCGAGCACGAUCCUUUAACUAGGAUCAAAUAUCCUCCUGUCACCGAAGAAGAAGAGACAUCGUUACCAAUCAGCGGCGGAAUUGACCACUGCGAGCCGAAUACAAGAUCCGAGCUGACGUCGAUGAAGACUCUUCGGGAUUACAACAUCAGCGAUACUUGACCUGAUCUCUUCGGGGACACACCGAUCAAGGAUAAGUAGUUUAUUUAUUAAAAUAGUUAAUCUAGUCCUUUGUUUUCGAGAAAAAGUUGUCAACGGGCUGACGUUCCACGAUGAGAGAGAGCAUCGACAUUGACGGAUGCACGCGAAAUCAGCGUCUUGUUAUUGCAUUAUCAGUGUAAGCGUACGCGUAUAUAAAGGACGCGCACACAUAAAUGUACACAAACAUACACGCAAACACACAUACAUACAUACAUAUACACACGAAGUUACAAUAACGCCGGCCAAAAUAAAAUAGAAACGCGGAUCCGCGAGACAAACUACAAUCCCUUCGUGGAUCCACGCGGCAUACGGAUCACAUUGGUCCGUGACUUUACAUAUCAAUUUUACAUAUCGAUAGUUUACAUAUCAAUAGGUUAACUAGUUCGUACGACAAAGAUUGAAUAUUUUUAUAAUCCACAUUGGAAGUUGUUAUAUCGCUUAUGUCGUUAAGGAUAUUACGUAACGCGAGGGAUCUCUCGCGGCGAUCAAAAAAGAUCUAUCGUUUUAUUUAUUGCGCCUCGCGUAUGCACGAUCCACACUAUCAUAGAUAUGGGGAGAGAAAAGGCGAGGAGAGAAUUGGGGAAGGGAAAGGGUAGGGGGGGGGGAGCGGAAUAAUUACGCCAAUUCGCUCUUUUGCGAAUAAGAAAAAUCGAAAGCAAACCGAACGAAAGCGCGAUCUUUUAUUUUUCCGCCGUCUCUUCAACUUUAUUUCUUCCCUUUCGCGGAAGAACGCGAACCGUUCUUCCCCAUCGUUCUCUGACACUGGAUAUCGGCGCAAGCGUUCCUCUGGGAACACGAAGAGAAGUAGGGUGGAAUCCGACCAACCGCGAAUAAACUCGUCAACGGUAAAUGUAACGGCUCUCGCCGAGAGGCUUCACCGUAGAAAUCUUUAUAAUCGAUUAUUUUCCAAAUCCCAAUAGAGAGCUUGUAAACGCGCGCGCAUAUAACGUUUUACAAACACACAUAUAUGUAUAAAUAACUUUUACCGAAAGAGAUUGAACGAAAAGUUACAUGUGCGAUAAAAGCGACGCGACAACGGAAAUGUGUCAACGAUUUAUCUCGACGCCUUUUGCCUCCUCCGAAAGAGUUGUGAAUAAUUACGCGGAUAAUUAAUAAUUCGGCUUGACGUCGACGAAGGAUGAUGAACGCCUCGCGAGAUGGAAAUUGAGAUAAACCUCCUUUACGGUGUCUGUUCGCGGAUUUCCAAGAUGAAGACACGUUAAACCUCGCGGUGACGAAUUACGUCGUAGCGGUUUACGCUCUCGGGUGAAUUUUACAAGAACUUUUAUAUCUUUCUCUUUCGGAUUUUUCAGAUAUACGAACGAUCGCUUGAUAAGAAUCGCUAUGACGAUUAUUAAUGUAAAUUAACGCAUCUACAAUCAUUGAGAACGCGGGGGAAAAACAGCGAGCGAGAUAAAAGAAGCGCGAGAAACGACAGCUUGUUGCUCCAAGCGACAAAUUUUUCUCUCGGAAGGAUACGGCGGAUAUAAAUAAUCCGCUUUACGGCGCAAGUGGAUCGUGUAUGCGCAUGCAAAGUGCAUCGUGCGUUAAUUCGUGCGAUAAAUACGCAGUCGCUUAGGCUCCGUUUCAGGCGGCCGGAGAUCUCGAGAGUAAUUUGCGAUUCGAAGCCGAAUGCGUCAAUUUCCUUCGCUUCUAAGGAGCUUCUUAACUUCUAACGUUUGAUAUCCUCGCAAAGGAGGUACGGUAAGUUCAAGCCGGCGUGGAAAAUUCUGUUUGCGUCGAUUAAAUCACUUUCAACGAGAAAAGAGAGAAUGUUUAUCUUUAGUACACUGCGAGUGACAUGACUGAACCUAGUUUUUAUUUAUAGCUAUUUGAAAGCGUUCGUUUUAUAUCCCGACCCCGUUAAUUAUCGUGUCUCCCGCAAUUUCCUUAGGCGCCAUGAUGUUACACAUAGAGCUCGAUCAUCGAUUCCCAAAGUUCCCAAACUUUACACAAUCUCGACAAUUUCUGGUCCCUCGAGCGGCUCAAAGAGAAUCGAUCUAAUUUUUGCCCGAGGAAUUGUAAUUUACAUCAAAAGCGCUUUGUUUUAUUUUGUUUCAAUUUUAUUCAAUUAGUUAACCGGUUCACGGCUCCAUAAUUAUUACGCGGUUUAAUAAUUCUUAAUUAGAUUUCGCUAACGAUAAGAAAAACACUUAGAAGAAUUUUUCUUCACGUCUUCACCAUUUCUUCGAUGCAUGAAAAUUUUGAAAGUACAGGAGACAAAAAUUUUACUUUGCUCAAAAGAUGAAUUUUAUUUCGUCGCGCACUUUCUAAUCGCCGUCUCAAGUUUUUCAUAUAUAUAUAUAUAUAUAUCUUAAUUUUAAUUUGUGAGGGUAAGGAAAAGUAUAAAUCCUUUAUUUUAAUUUUAUAUAAAUAAUUUAUUUCAAUUUAAAAAAUCCUUUAAUUCUCUUUUUGAAUUACCUCAUCAGGAUACAGCUUACAGAUUGCUCGGAACAUAAAUCUUUCGCUAUUAGAUUAAGAGGAAAAAUACAUAUAUAUCUGAAUACUUGUUCCCUCUCUAUUCUCGAGUAAUCUUGGAUCGACGGAGCUCGAAACGAGCGGACAAUUGCUGUUGCAAGUAAAUUUUCAAUUACUAGGUAGCGAUCGCAGCGUGACCGAGGACGAAUUUGAAAAAGUCACGCCAUCAGAGUCUCCCCUUACAACCUUCCAGUAACCUCGUAGACGACGAAUAUUCAAUUCUACCUUGACUCGAUGACCAAGCGAGUUUAUACAUUACACGCGUGACACGCGAUCGCCUUUUUCAGCCUCGCUUAAACGCACGUAAAAACGCACAUAUAUUCGCUCGAUAUUCACCCCCCUCGUGACGAGCGGACGGAUCUCCCGUUACGAUUUUCGACCUCUGCAGCCAAUUAAGGAACUUUUACAUUUAAGAAGUCACGGCACUUCUCGAUAAGAAACAUAACCGGUCAUUUUAAUCAUUUAUUACCCUCGGUUACGCUUAUUUAAAUGAUGGAGAAAAUAUUUUUACAAUCAGUUUUUUUACAUUUUAUCGAGGAAAUUUUUUUUAUUUAUUCUAUCUUUCAUGAGAAGCGAAUAUCGAGAUUUCUCGCGAGUGAGAAAAUUGGCACGAUUAGUUAUUGCACAUUCGAUUAUAAUAAUGUCCGAAUGGAGACAGUAUUAUGUGACGUCAGAGAGAGAGAGAGAGCGAAGAUGCUUUCGUUCGAAUAUUAAAUUUGUCGCGACUUUAGUUAAAUCUCCCGUCGAAUCAUCUGUUGUCUCGGGCGUCGUUGAAAUUACGCUGCGAAAAAUAUGAUCUCCAGUGCAAGGCAGGAUAAAUAUUAUUCCUAUAUCUCUCUUUCUCUCUCGUUUCUUUGUGAGAGGGAAUGGGGUAAAAGUUUCAUUCCCCGGCGCGCAUCGCGCGAUCACGAUAUUCUCCCUCGGCCUCCGCGGCCCCGAUCUCGGGCCAUUCACCCCGACUUUAGCAGAGUUAACACCCCCUUUCUCUUCUCGGCGAGUGUUUUUUUUCCAUCCUUUUUUUUCUAUUCGUCGAUGUCCGGUCAAUCUACGGGAUUUCGCGCGGCCUCUCCUCUCUAUUUGUCGCGAUGUAACAAAUAUUUUCAACAUCAAACGUUACACACACGGCACGUGUGUGAAAACCUUUGUAAAUACCCCGUCAUCUCGAUCCCGUAUCUUUCGAGUGAAAUAUGAAACGCGCAAGAACGCGCGGCGGGCGUCUGUGCGAAUGUCGAAUGUGUCAUACGCUUUGUUACGCGUAUCCGUUGACCCAUAAAUUGUAAUACGCGUCUCUCGUUGGAAGUAUAGAAAUUGAAUUGGGGUCUUUCGGAAAACAGCUGCCUGUGCCCGGAUAACCUCUUUGCCUCGACUGAUCAAUAUUGCUCGCCAUUCACGCGGACGUCCGGCGAAAUGUACGCAGAUCCGACGGAUCCCUCUUGUCCCUUUCGUUUCCAUUACGGAUACACCCUCUACGGAGCGGCCGGGAUGAAUAUGUAUUUUCUAGCGAGCUUGCCACGCGAAAGUACUGAAAUUUGUAAAGACCCGUCCGGAGUAGCGUCGUGGCUCUCUGUCUCGACACCUAUUCCCGUACGACCUGUUUUCUCGCUUUCCUCGCUGGAUAAUAACGAUCCCGCGUCCAAGAGGUUUAGUCUUGAAGAUGACAAGGCAUCAUCUUGCGCUGAGUCUUUGUCGAGAGGAAAAAAAAAAUGAACGGACGUCGAAACUUUUGUAGCGUCCCUUCUUUUUAAUAUUUUUCAUUUUCUUCCUCCUUAAUAUUAAUAUCGAUGCCCGAACAAUGAAAUUCUCUGACGCGACGGUCUUGGGAAGCGCUUCUUUUCGCGCGUGAUGAAUAUGCAUUUUAUGCAAAAUACCAGCCGCAUUCGCCGACUUCGAAGUCGAGGAAGAGGAAGGAGCCGAGGCUUCGUAGGAAGGAAAGGCCCGCCGCCCUAACGAUCUCGCGCAAGUCGUCGGCGAAUGAAGGAAUUAUGCGGGAUUAUAAGAGCGUGGAUUCUGAUUUAAUUACGCGUGCGAAUUCGAAUAUUUGUAAUGCGGAGGUGACUGACCCUACUACCUACUCGUGAGUUACAGAGUCGAAGAAAAUAGGAAAGGACAACGCAUCAAGAAAAUCAGAUAUGCCGAGAUAAUAGUGGGGAGGGGGGAGGUCUUCCCCAGAGGGACAGGAGGAAAUUUUAUGGCGCAUUGAGUAUCGAUAAAACUCAGAAUCGAUUCUCUCUUAAUAACGUAUUACUAUGCGAUACUCUGCGUGGGCGACGGAUUACUUGGGGUCUCGCGGGAUAAUAAUAACGCGGUAAUCAACCCUGAGAAGUUUCGCGGAAUAACGGUUUAAUAAUGCAUGCGAAACGCUGUCGGAAUUGGCAUGUCGAAUGGAUAAACGCGAGAUUGAAUUGCAACAUUCACGGUCGCCUUUGAUAAGUUAUACAAUGGACUUUGGAUCGAUGUGAUUUAUCUUGGAAGGACCGCUUAUCGCUUCGCGGUUUUAACGAUCAAAAGCGGAUUAUUAAAAUGUCGGAAAACGUCGGAUAUCCGUGUUUUUUUUUUUUUUUUUCAAUUUGUAAAAUUAUUCGAUUUUUAUAUUAAUGCGAUAUAUAAU